AUGUCCAUCCAUACACGCACCAUUCCUCUCAGUCGCAAACUCUCACUGCAUAUUCUACCAAUCCUCUCCGAUAAUUAUUGUUAUUUUCUGAUCAAUCAUCAUACUAAUCAAUAUGCAAUGGUUGAUCCUUCCGAUUCUAAAAAGAUUCAUCAAUAUUUGAAUAGCAAUGAGGGACAAUCAUUAUUCAAUCAAAAGAGUCUUUCUACUAUUCUGACGACUCAUAAACAUUGGGAUCAUGCCGGAGGUAAUUUGUAUUUUGUAAAGAAUUGGAAGGAAUUUUCAUCAUUGGAAAAAGUACAAGUUGUUGGAAAUGGAGAAUGUGAAGGAGUCAAUCAAGAAUUGAAGAGUGAUUUGGAGUCAUUUACAAUCUUUGAUGAUAAGACUGUGGUUCAGGCUUAUCACACUCCAUGUCAUACCAAUGGACAUGUUUGUUAUCUUGUCAGAACAUCAGAUGAAGAGGGAGGCAAUUUCGAUUGUUUAUUCUGUGGAGAUACAUUCUUUGUGGGAGGAUGUGGAAAAUUCUUUGAAGGAACUGCUCAACAAAUGUUUGAUAAUAUUGUAAAAUUGAAUAAGGAAAUUAAAGAUCCAGAGAGAAUGCUAUUGUGUUGUGGUCAUGAAUAUACACUCAAGAAUAUGCAAUUCAUUGUGGAUAAGAUUUCUGAUACAGAAACAAGUAGAAAAUAUUUGAACAAGUAUAAGAACUUGAUGGAGGAAUCUCAUGGAACUGUUCCUUCCACAUGGCAAGAUGAGAAAGAGUACAAUCCAUACUUUAAAGCAGCCCUCUUGGAAUCUUUUGAAACAAGAAGAGAAUUCUUUGAUAAGAUGAUUAAAGAUGGUUCUGCCACUGAGGAUGAUUUAAAGACUUGGUCAAGUGUUAAAAUCUUGCAAACUGUACGUGACCUGAAAGAUAAAUAUUAA